GCCGAAGGCAAGUUGCGGCCACGUCAUUUUGUACGAGGGCUAAUCAUGCUUUCUUCUUCUUCCCUCCUAUUUAUUAUCGAAGUGAGAGUUGAGGGAAGAACUCUGCUACUGUUUCCCUUGUGCCUAGUUAGUUCCUACACUCAACUACUCCUUUUUAAGUUCUGUUCUUCUAUCUCUGCAUGCAUGGAGAUUUCUAACGCUCACUACUACCAGACAAUGGCAGCAGGACAUCGAGCGGAGGAAACGGCAGCGAUCAGAUGCCCCAAGACUACUCAGCAGGUCCCGCGAACACAGGAGAGAAAGCUAAGGGCUUCUCCGCCGGAGCAAGUCCUGCAGUGCCCCAGGUGUGCCUCCACGAACACCAAGUUCUGCUACUACAACAACUACAGCCUCUCCCAGCCCAGGCACUACUGCAAGGGUUGUCGGAGGUACUGGACUCAGGGGGGCUCCCUCAGAAAUGUGCCUGUAGGGGGCGGUUGCAGAAAGAACAAAAAACAAUCAUCGUCUUCUUCUUCUUCUUCAUCCUCCUCCGCCUCCUCUUUCAAGAAGGCAUCGCCGGAGCAGGAUCUCAGUAACGGCAGCGUCACUACUGCCCUGGUCGAUCCGCCAGCCCUGUCUUUUGCUAGCCAGCCACCGAGCAAACAGUUGGUGGGCACGUCAGACGCCCCGAGUGGGUUUCUUGAUAUGCUAAGGAGCGGGUUGCUGGGCAGUGAAGACACUGCGGCUGCUGCUGCUGAUGGCAGCUUUGGCGGCGUGUACUGUGGCGUGGAGGAGAGUGCAGGGCUGUGGUUUGAUAGUGCGGCUACGACUACGAGCAAUAGCCACCUGCCAUGGCAGGAUGCGGCAGGGAGCAUAUUGUUGGAUUGCAGCUGGAGUGGUGGUAAUGGAGGUGCGGUUGGGAAUUCCUGGCAAGGGCUGAUCAACAGCUCUCUGCUUUGAAGUAAUUAGGCGAAUUAAUGUUGGCUAAAGAUUCCAUAUCAUAUAGUUCUUGUCGAUCUUAGAACAUGAAGUCGUCUAUUGAAGACUUGUAUGUCACGCAUCUCUUGAUAAUUACUACAAGGGAGUGUUGGUCAGGCGAACAGUAAGGGUUUGCGCUGUCAGAUUCAAAUCAGCGUAAGUCAUUGAAUUAAGGGUUUGCGCUGGAGGUUUUUCUUUUUCUAAUAUAAUCAUUGUUAUUUCA